AUGGUUCGUCUAAUUCCAGAAGUUGCAGCCAAUGACCACUUUGGCUCAAUGCCGCUAGCAAUGGCCUUGUUCAUCUCUGUCACAGCCCUUGUGGCUCUAUGUGCCAAAGCCAAACAUGGACGCCGAGCCCCACAACAAAUCAAUGAAACCAAUGGCAAGGAAAUUACUGGUAUCUCCAAGAAACUCGUGGCCAGCAUCAGCAACAAGGCAAUUCCAUUUGUGCACAAAAAUAAAGGUGGCAGAGAAAAUUUCAGCCAAGGGGAUGAAGUUGAAGAUGGGUUUGGAGAAGGAGGGGUUUGGCAGAGGUCAAUUUUGAUGGGUGACAAGUGUCAGCCACCUGAAUUUUCAGGUGCGAUUUAUUAUGAUAGUUCUGGGAAUCAGCUUUCUGAGCUGCCUCCAAGGUCACCUAGGGUUGCCAGUCCCUUGCCAAUGCCUAGCUUUUUAUCUCCCGUCGCUAGAGAUGCAAAUUAA